UGUAUGUGAUGAUGUGGAUUGUAUUGAUUUUUAAGUGGUAGUUCAUGUUUUUAAACUAAGAAUUAUACACACAUUGUUUUACCUAUAAUUUUAAAGGACUUGUGAGUACCUGUUAAGUGUAUAAUCUUAAAUUGGUUGUUUAAAAAAUAAAUAAAGUUUUGAUUUUUAGUAUUACAUUGAUUUGAUGCAAUCACCAGCUGAAAUGUUCAAUAUUAAAUGUUUGGAUCUGAACGGUGGGUUUUCUGUUGACAAUAAACAAACAUCACAGUCAAAUCAAGGGUCACAGGGGCAGGUCGAUAUAUCUGUAGACGAGAAGACGCUGGACGACCUGUAAAUAAAUCUCAAAUACACACAUAGCAGCAAAAGAAAUGUAGCUGCAAAAGAAUAAAGUGUGACUUUAAACUGUUGUCCUCUUUUCUCUACAGGUAACGAACAGUAGUUCCAACAGUUUGUUGCCCAGCUGUGAGAACCUCUAAAUGUCUGAAAAAACGAAAGACGUGCGCGGGGGUUGGAAGGGAAACCUGGACUUUAUCCUGACGUGUAUUGGGUAUGCCGUUGGUCUUGGAAACAUAUGGCGCUUUCCUUAUCUCUGUUACAAGAGCGGGGGAGGUGCGUUCUUCAUCCCCUACUUACUGUUUAUGUGUACUUGUGGGAUCCCCCUGUUCUUUCUGGAGACUAUAAUGGGGCAGUUCUCAAGUAUGAGCCCAGUCGCUAUAUGGAGUAUUAGCCCAUUAUUUAAAGGUGUGGGUAUGGGCAUGGUGAUAGUGUCAGCGCUUGUGUGCGUGUAUUACAACGUGAUUGUGGCGUGGACCAUCUACUACCUGUUCCUGUCGCUUCGCGCUGUGUUGCCAUGGAGCAGUUGCGGAAACGUCUGGAAUACUGAAAACUGUUUUGAUGCAAAACAACACGUCACCAUUGCAGCAAACACCAACAUUUCAUUGGCUAAUAUUUCCAGUCUCAAUGCAAAUGACUUGCUGGCCAAAAAUUACACACUUGCAGCUGGUUUUGCUAAUAGCAGUAAAGCCGUUGUAAACAUAAGCAACUUAGUUUCCUCCAGUGAAGAAUUUUGGGAACGUCAUGUGCUGCAGCUAUCAGACAGUAUAGAUGAAAUGGGAAGCCUGCGCUGGCAGCUGGUGAUCACGCUGGCCUUGGCCUGGCUGGCUGUGUUCUUCUGUCUCUUCCAAGGGGUCGCAGUGCUUGGAAAGGUGAUGCAUUUCUGUGCCCCUUUUCCGUAUGUUGUGUUACUGGUGCUGCUAAUUCGCGGAGUGACCUUGGAUGGAGCCAUUGAAGGCAUUAAGUUCUACAUUGUACCGAAAUGGGAAAAAUUAGCCACUUUCCAGGUGUGGGGUGACGCGGCCCUGCAGACGUUUUACAGCGUUGGAAUGGCAUGGGGAGGCAUCAUCACUAUGGCCUCAUACAAUGAUUUCAAACACAAUGUCUACAGGGAUGCCAUGCUGGUGCCAAUUAUUGAGUGCAGUACAAGCAUCUUUGCUGGCUUCGUCAUAUUCUCAAUUCUCGGAUUUAUGGCGCACGAGACAGGAAAAUCUGUGGAGGACGUGGUUACACAAGGUCCUGGACUGACAUUUAUCGCCUAUCCAGAAGCUGUCACCUUGCUGCCAAUCUCUCCGCUGUGGUCUGUGCUGUUCUUCUUCAUGCUUCUUAUCAUUGGGAUCGACUCUCAGUUUGGCAUGGUGGAAACGUGCAUAAGUGGAUUAAUGGAUGAGUUUCCUAACAUCCUUCGGAAGCGUCGAGUCCUCGUGGCAAUUAUUUGGUGCUUCAUUGAGUUCUUACUUGGCCUGCCUCUGAUCACCGAGGGUGGCAUCUACAUCCUGCAGGUGAUUGACUGGUAUUGUGCAAGCUUCUCUCUGAUGCUGAUCUCUCUCUUUGAGGUGGUUGCCAUUGCUUGGGUGUAUGGUGUGGAUCGGUAUUACAAAGAUAUCGAACUGAUGAUAGGAUACAGACCCACGCGUCUUUGGAGUUACAUGUGGAGAUUUGUCACUCCUGCAGUUAUCCUGUUUAUCUGGGUGUUCAGCGUAGCCACCUUGGGCCCUGUGUCAUACGGCAAGAAGGCGUAUCCUCAGUGGGCAAUCACGCUAGGCUGGUGCCUGGGCUCCAUAUCUAUCAUCCCCAUCCCUGCCUACAUGAUCUACGCCAUAUAUAGGGAGGAGGGGACCAUAGGGGAGCGCAUCAACAAGCUGAAAAAGCCGUCACCAAAAUGGGGACCUCGAAAAGAAGAACAUCGCAAUGAAUAUUUAGCAUCUCUGCAUCAGGAUCAAGCCCUUAUUCCCUUCCAACUCCCUGUGGUUGACCAAAAUCCAGAAGAAAAAAUAUUAUUAUCAUAAACAGGGUUUGCAGAGACCUUAAAAAGUGAUUUGAAUUGGAGGUUAACCUUGAAAGGUGCUUCAGCUCCAAAGGUCUUUCACAAUGAAAUCUUAAAUACCAAUGCCAUUUCCAAGAUCCAUAUAAAUUUGAUGAAUAUGGAUCUUAGAAAUGGCAUCAGAUUUAAUCCAGGUAGUUUGUUGUUUAAAAUGUGGUAAGGGUUUAAAUUGUGGAUGAAAAGAAACAGGUUACUGAUGAAAAUUGACAAAUCUGGUUUUAACCAGUAUUGCCAGUUAGGGAACCGCACCAUUUUCCAUGGUGGAGGUUUGUUAUGUCCUGGCAGCUAUUUAUAUGUAUCGCUGCAUGUAAAACUAUAGCUGUGAAUAUGCUUAUUGAUUAUAUUGGUUUGAGGAAAAGAUGCCCAACCAAUAAUAACAAUUAAGGUAAUCAGAAAAAUAAAGGCAUUACUUUUUCAAUGAAACAAUGGAAAUGUUAUUUCUAAGAUGAGCACAGAAGUCGCAUUAUUGUUUAUUUUUCCUUGAUAGCGGUGUAUUUAUCUCGGAAAAAAAUACUUCCAAUAUUAAAAAAGUUAUGCAUCACAUUGCAUGUUCUCUGCAAUAAAGAACAAUUAGUAUACAAUAACUAAAAUAAUGUAAAAUAAACUUUGUGUAAAAUAUAAUUUAGUUAUACCAAUUACUUUAUGUGCUUCAAUUUUACUUUGAUGUACUGCAAUUUCACGGGAAUGGUUGCUAUUGAUAAUCAAUAUUUUCUUCGUUUGAUCGAGCGUGGUGCAUGUUUGACACUUGCUGUUUUAAUUUGUUGAAAAUAUUUCAUAAUUAUGUAAAAGCAUAUUAAUUGAAUUAAAAUUGGAUAUGAAACAUGACCAUGUCUGUCAUAAUUGAGUUAGUUGAGCCACAUACUGUAGUUAAAGAUCUUUUUGCAUUUUUAGUGACUACAACAUAUAUUCAGGAUUUGUUAUUUAUUCUCUGUAAAACUCAUAUAGAUUAAAUGCUCAAAAUUAAAAGUGUUGAAAGCAAUUUUCCCAGGCUUUCAGCAACAUCAGUGAGUGAAAAACUUUUAUAUUUUAUUUGUUUUCUAAGAAAAAUGCUUUAUGGUAUUUCCCUUAGAGCAAUUUUUUAUGCCCCCGAUAGGGUGGCAUAUAGCAGUUGAACUGUCCGUCAGUCUGUCCAUCUGUCUGUCCGUCCGUCUGUCGGUCUGAAAACUUUAAUAUUGGCCAUAACUUUUGCAAUAUUGAAGAUAGCAACUUGAUAUUUGGCAUGCAUGCGUAUCUUAUGAAGCUGCACAUUUUGAGUGGUGAAAGGUCAAGGUCAUUCUUCAAGGUUAAAAGUAAAAAAUACAAUCCAAGGGAAGUAAUAAGCUUAAAAGGGAGAUAAUCUCUAAACCUGCCAAAUGAUAUAUUGAAAUUUUAUUUCAAAGUGGCGCAAUAGGGGGCAUUGUGUUUCUGACAAACACAAAUUUUUUUCUAUUUAUUUGAUGUUUUUUAUUAUUCUUUGAAUAUUAACCAACUUUUAUUAACUGAGAAUCAAGAAAAUGUCUAUAUUUGCAUAAGGUAUCAUUUCAUACUUAUUAAAAGAUGCUAUUUUUGGCAUUAGCCGUCAAAAUGGCACCUUAAGGUAAAUUUAAGGUAGAAACAUAAGCUUUAGAUAUUUAUACAAUUUUGGGAGGUCAAUAUAAUGUGUGAGUGUUUGUAUUAUUAAACAGAGUUAAUAAAUAAUAUGUUGUAUGUUCAAUGUCUGUAUACAGUAGCCAUAUCUUCAAGUCAGAAUCAAUAGCUGGAUAUUUUGCAGAUUUUUUAUCAUGUAUAAAUGUUAUUUUUCUUUGGAGGAGGUUUUGAUGUUACUGAUUUUUGUAAUAGGCCAUAAAAAUGUUCAAUGUUGAUUAAACGUUUUUGCUAGUUUAUAUAAAAAAAUGCAAAGACAUCAACUGCAUAGUCUUGUUUUUUUCAACGACAACAAAUCAAAAUCACUCCUGAAGGAGUGUUUCACCCUUAAAACAACAUCGAACAAAAUAUUUGUAGAAUUCUACAUAAAUAAUAUUGUUUAGUAUAUAGUGUUUGUUGAAGAAGCAUAGUGUAUUUGAGUGAGCAUGGGUUGUGACAAUGGCACAAAGCUUGAUAAGGUUGGUGCUAGUAGUAGUGCAAACAAAAAUGUAUCAAAUGUACCAAUCGACUUGCCUAACUGCCAUGUACCCAUUUGGGAGUAUAUAUAGAAACAAAAUGUUGGAACAUAGUAAAUGUUUAAAGACUAUUAGAAUCAGCUAAAAUGUAUUACAUGUACUUAACAUUUGCUACUGUUUAGUUAAUCAUUCGAUAACAUAGUACUUACAUGAUAUUCACUAUUGACUUAUUCUUUAUUUGCCCUCUAAUAUUAAUUAAACUUAAUCCAAUGUUAACCAUUACGUAUUUGCAUAAUUUGUUUAUGACCAUGCUAUGCAUUUAACAAUUGCAUAGUUUUGUACCAACUGUGUUGAAAAAUGCUGCAUUUGCAUUUUCAGCUUGUGUGAGUUUGUUUACAGCAAAAAUGUGACUUGCUUCUCAGCUCUACUAUAACCAGUAACCAUUUUAAGUAUUUUCAUUAAAACAAGUGUUUCUGUUAUUAUUAAAACUAGUUUCCCUGUAAACAUUGUGUUCUUUAUUGAAGUUUCAAAUGAACUUUGCUAUAUAAUAAUGUGACCAAAGGGACAUGCAGGAAAAAAAGAUUGCUAGACCAGAAAACUAGCAUUGUACAAAUGUAUAACAUGCAUGAUUAUAGCAUUAAACCUAGAGAUACACAUA